AUGCCGGAACAGAGCUUGUGUUUGCAGCGCUUGCAACAGGAGAGAAAACAAUGGCGCAAAGACCACCCUUUCGGGUUUUUUGCCAAACCAAAGAAGGACGCGGACGGCUAUGACUUAUACAAAUGGGUGUGUGGAAUUCCUGGAAAACAGGGUACGAUAUGGGAAGGAGCCACAUACCCUAUAACUGUCACAUUUACACAAGAUUAUCCGGCCAAAGCUCCCAAAGUCAAAUUCACAGAGGACUUUUACCACCCCAACGUAUAUCCCAGUGGAACUGUUUGUCUGUCCAUCUUGAACGACGAGCAAGACUGGAAGCCCUCGAUCAGUUUGAAGGAAAUAUUACUGGGGGUUCAGGAGCUCUUGACUACUCCCAACCCGCUGUCGCCAGCUCAGGAACCAGCCUACAGGGCCUAUAUGAAGAAUAGAGAGGAAUACGAUAUGAAGGUCAAAGAACAGGCAAAACACUUCAGUUGA